AUGCCAAGAGCAGCAGCAGCGGCCGCUGCCUUGGCCUUGCGGUCGACGCAGCAGUACGAAGAGGAACAACAAGGCGGGAGCGGUACGAGGAGGUCAUCCAGGAGGAGUGUAGCUCGACCGCUUCACGUUGCGCCGAGCAGCUCGCUCAGCAGCCCACCCCCCGGCGAGGAGAAUGAAGAUCAGCGAGGAGGUGAAGCGCAGCAUGAGCAGGUCGAUGAUGAGGUAGGAGAGCACGAGGACGGGGAAGAUGGAGAAGAAGUAGGGAAAGGACAAGGAGAAGACGAAGAAGCCAGUGGCACGGGCGAUGGCGAGGGCGAUGUGGACGGAGGUUUUGAAGGAGACGCGGUGGUGCCUCAGAUCGAAGUAACGGCAUCCAAUGGCACCGCAAAAGCACAGACGAAAUUUGUUCUUGUCAUGGAUAAUGGCCAGACGACACUGGUUCCGGCCCAUAAAGCUCAUGUCUAUCGAAGCAUGCCCGGUACGGGUGGGAGAGGGAGCGAUGACGAUGGGGGUGAGAACGGUGCCACAGGCUCUGCCCGAGGACGAGGAGCACGGGGCAGAGGACGCGGACGCGCGAGGGGACGCGGUCGGGGUCGAGGCCGGGGCCGAGGUCGUGGUGGUGCAAGAAGCUCGCUGCUUAGCAAGAGAACAAGAGACGAUGACGAGGACGAGGACGAUGAAGACGGGGACGAGGAACAGGAUGAAGGGCCGGCGAUUGAUGAUGUGGAUGGCGAAGAGGGUUCAGCAACAGCGGUGGCAACGCCAGUCGCCGAUGAGGAUGAGGAUGACCUCGUUCCCUUGCCUAUGGAACAGAGCGUUUUCGUCAAUGGCCGCGACUACUUGCUCAAGAACGAAGAGCUGUGCCUCGACACUGACGAUGAAGGCGAAAAGAAGAUUGACGAGAAGGGGAAUUUGCUUGGAGGCCGAGAAUACAAGAUGGCGACGUUUAAAUCUCCCUAUCGCGCCGACCCAGAAGUCGUUUACGCUCUUUCCAUUGACGCCGCAAGAGCUUCUGGCUUCAGGGAUUCCCUCUACUUUUUCCGGCGAAAUCCGCUGCUCAUUAAAAUCAGCUGCACGGACCGGGAGAAGGUUAUGCUAAUCGAGCAGGGUAGGCUCAGCGGACAGUUGAGAAGCCGCAACGUGACGAUGCUGGGUUGCAGAAACGUCUUUAAGCUGCACGGAGCAAAGGUUGUCAAACGCGGUCGUAUGAUCAUCGAUGACUACUACGAGACCGAAGCCAGAGCCGCAGGCAAGAAGGAGGGCGAAUCGGUCGAAGCCGCUUUGGAGGCUGAGGGACCUCGGCAAACGGCCGCCGAUCGACGGAGAGAAGCUGAGAUGGCUCGUGAUCGAUCGCGGAGGAGACCCGACGCAUUCACGUUUAACAACAGCGACCUCCAAGGUAAUCCGACCAUUACAAUCUUUGGAGAUUCUGGUGCGACGCCCUUCGAGCGUGCGAGGGGAUGGAAUGUGAGGAGGGCCAAUCUGCAAAGGCUGGACCUCAAUGAAGAGAAUUGGAUGCUAGAGAUGGCAAGAAUGGUCAGGGGCAUGAACAGCGAGCUUGCAGAGAACCGAAAGGAGCGCCUGCAAGCUUUUCCGAGGCCCUACGAGUCCAUCGACGAGGACGAAGACGACCAGAAGGAAGACGACGAGGUGUUUGCUGACGAGAAGAGAGAGGGCGCGGAAGAGGAGUGCGAAGACGGAGUGGAAGAGGAUGACGAGGAAGUGCCAAGAAUGGACGUCGACAUGGACGUGGCAAGAGAGGUGAAUGGAACGGCGGCGAAAGAAGGGAAACGGCGAGAAUACAUUUUGAGAAAAAAGCGAGCGAGGCCCGUGGGCAUCUUCGAACCAGCCACACAAGCGGCUCAUUUCGCCUCCUCAACGCAGCCCUCGCGGGCCUGGAUGGAACGAUUGUCGGACAGGCCAAGGAUUAGCGACCAGGAAGCAGAGACAGGUGCUCGGGAUUUGGCUAUUCUGGGUGGCGCCAAGGUGGGAGGCCAAGGGUGGGGCAUUGCUACUUUCGACCACGCUGUCGCUCUGCCCAGAAACACACGGAGAGGGAUCAAGAAUGUCACAAUUCCAAAGGGACAAGCAGAGGAGCUCUGA